ACUUAUUACUUCUUUACGGAAGGAUGUUUAGAACAAGGGUUUGGUUUAGAAUCAAAAUCUCGGUUGAAAGUUAAUUAUCAUAAAGUAAUUUAAUUAUUUUUAUUAAUAUGUUUAAAAGAACCUAAUCGCUCUAUCUAUUUAGUAAUGAAAUGUGUAUCGCAUAAUUUUAAAGAAUGUUUUCACUACGGAUAUUUGUUGCGCUAUUUUAUUGUGAUGGUAUUCUUCACUACCUCAGUGAGAUCCACGUCUAAUUUGAUAGAAAUAGAAAAAAGAGGUUAUUUUAUUAUUUAUUUUUAGACGUAGGUACUUCAUAAAAAAUUACCAGGUAAUUUAUUAUAAUAGGUUUUUACAUCAAUUAUGAUAACUCGACAACCAUAGUUUUAUUGAAAGUGCAAACUGAAAGUGUGUGUACUCCUAACAUAAUUUGCGCUCUUCAAGUCUUCUCUUGGAACUGACACAUUCGGCUGUAAAUAAAUUUGGGAACUGGCCAGUUCUUUUGUCAUGACUACUUUGCAAUCAGAAGAUUGUCAAACUAAUGACCUAAAUGACUCAUUUCCGAUGGAUGUUGAAUCGUUGCGUUUUCCAUUAGAUAAUUCAAUGCGAAUCGUAUUUACUGGAUAUUACAAUGGCUUUAAUGUGGAAGUAAGAUCUGUAGAGGAGAUAGCACUGCUGUAUCAUAUGGGAUGUUUUGGCAAAGGGACAACAUCGCGAUCGGAACCUAAAGCCGAUCAAAGUGACAUAACGCCGCGCAUCAUACGUAAAAGACAAUUUUUAAAACGAAACUAUUGGUUUAAAAAAUUCGGCAGUUCUGAUAAAUUGGCAACUGUGGAAGCAGAUGAUUUCAUGAAAGAUAUUGAUAGUCUUACAGCUAAAAUAAUUGUAGACUGUGAGAAAAAUAAUCAAAAAGACGUCAUUGAUUUAGUCUCCAGUGAAGAAGAUGAUGAAGAAGACCAUAAUUCCAAUCAUAGUACUGAAAGAUUCCAAAAUCAUGAUAAAAAAGAUUUGGUAGUUAUAGUGCCUAAUAGCGAAUCUGAAGGAGAAAAUUAUUUUGAAAACAUGAGACCGAAAUGCUGUCUAAAUAAAGUUAAAAUACAAGAAAAGCUUAUGUUGACUCCUGAGGAAGCAUUUUUCUUGCUUUAUGGUUUGGGAUGCUUACAAAUUGUCAGUCUCGACAAUGCUUUACUCAACAUAGAGAAGUGUUGGGACCUCUUUACAGCUGUAGAUGGAAGAUUUUUAUCCAAAUAUGUGGUUUACCACUACUAUAGAUCUAAGGGAUAUGUUGUAAAACCUGGAAUUAAAUUUGGUGGAGAUUAUUUAUUAUACAAAGAAGGUCCUGCAGCAUACCAUGCUGAUUAUGUAGUCAUUAUAAGGUCUGAAAAUAAGGAAGAAAACUGGAUUCAAACACUUGGCCUUGUUAGAGUAGCAAAUACUACAGUCAAAGAAGUCAUAGCUGUAGAAGUAGUAAAACCCAAAAAGACUGAAGUCGAAUUACCCAAGGAUUUGAAACUUUUCAGUGUGAGAGAACUGUUAUUAAGCCGGAAUUUACCAAUCACAUUAAAUGAAGAUGACUAAA